AUGUCAUAUAUGACAGCUAAUCUGAUCGACACGAGUACUCAUAAACGGUUUAAAUUUCAGUCGUCGGAAGAAAUCGAGAUGAUAAACAUUAGUGACUUAAUUAAUGUAAGACCGUGGUUCAAUGAAGUUUGCGUAGAAGCAUUAAAUCAGAAGAAGGAUGCUGAAAACCAAUGGCAUGGUGACCAACAAAAUAAAGAAAAAGAAUCCACGUACAGGAAGUGUCAGAAUAGAGCAAAUAGAAUACUCAAGAGGGAAAAACGAAAAUAUACUAAAACUUUGUUGAAAAUACCAAAAGCAGACUCUGAAAUGGAUCAAGUGAGGCAGUUGUACAAAAAAAUAAAAAACUAACCAUCAUUAUAAUAAUUAAUUAAUAAUAUCCUAUUAAGUCACCUUAAAUACUAACUUAUACUAAUUUCUAUGUUCCGUCGUCCUACUACGAAAUCUUAUUCCGUUCUAUUUUACUUGUUUAAUUAAUUUCUUUUUCUUCUACACAUUUUUUUUUUUUUUUUUUUUUUUUUUUUUUUGUUUUUCGAUUUCAUCAAAUAAUAUUCGCUUAUUAAUCUAAAUUUGUUUUCUUACACUCGUUUAAUAGACAUUAAACCUAAUUUUCAUUUCAACUUAAAUCUCUUUACUUUAUAACAUUUUCAAAUCGUUCGUCAUGUAAUCAAACACAUAUUAUAUACCUACGAUAAUUACCGCAUCAUACCUACACGGAGUUUCGAAAAGGGCCAUUCAGCUCAAACAAUAAUAUUUUAAUUUGCGUAAAUUAGAGUACAUACUAUGGCGAAAAAAUUAUACUACUAAAAUCCGUUUGCGUCUAUUCAUUCGCUAAUUUUUAGAUUACAAGCGUAGCAAGGGAUAGCUAUUGGUUUUACAAUGCUGUUUAUUUUUUUUUUAUCUUUCUUUUUUGUUCUAGUCUGUGGGCACGUUCUUUCCUAAUAAAAUUCCUCCGAUUUUUAUGAGUAGCAACUUUUCUGAAACCUCAAAUUGUCUAAAUGGUAUUUUAAAGAAGCCAUUUUUUGAUUUUCGAUGCCAUUUUUUUUAAAUAAAAGCACAAAAGUGGAAAAAAACGUAGGGUAACUUAGAAUUUCACGAUUUUGAUAUUUUAUAAAAACACGGAUGAUGUUUUCUUAUGAAAGCAAUAAUUAUAAAUUAUUUGAAAUAUUUUUAAAUAAAAUAACCUUAUAAAUUUUACCUUCCCAACAUCCUAUCUAUAACAAAAGCUGUACCCAUCCCCAGUAUCAGCUUUUUUUUUAAUAUUGCGCGUGACAUCUCGGAUUAGUUCCGUGAUUCGUUCCGGAUUCGUCUUCGUGGAGACCAUAUAUAAUAAGCGGCAAUAUUUAUCAGAUUUUGAUUCAACGUGAAAUGACUGUUUAGUUUUAAAGUUUAGUUAGAAAGCUUAUAGUUUUACAAAGAUGUUUAUUUUUUAUUUAUUUUUUUUUUUUAUGUAUGAACAAUUUUUCUAUCAGUAAUUUUUCUUCGAUUCACAAUGAUAGCACUUUUUCUAAAAGGAAGUCUAACUGAGGAGGUACUUUAAGGUAAUUUUUUAAUUUUUCUCAGGAGUGUUCCUAAUAAAUAGGAAAAACCGAGAAAAAACACGGAGAAAAACGGGAAAAUAGGUACAAUAUUAAACUCAUAUUAUUAAAGAAUAUGUAUAACGUAUAUUGUAUAUGUAAUUAUUUUACAAUAUUAUGUCAUAUAUAUUGUUAGCAAAGUAACACUAUCGACUAAACUCUGUUGAGAAUCGGUUUUUCGUUAGCAAUAAUUUAUCGUUGCUUAUAUGUAGAUGUACAUUAAAUUACCCCUCUACUACUUACACAAUUUCUCACCUACAACAGUGGCUGCACCCAUGUGUGAAGUAUGUCUGUUUUUCCAUUCAUAGAAUUAUAUCACAUUUUGGUUUAAGAUUAAUAAAAUAAAUAACAAUUAUAUUAUCAUACACCACUGUUAUAAGAGUGCUUGUUUCAUUCUGUGGUGCUGCUUUGAGUUUAUUUUUGAUUUUAUAUAAUUUUUUUCAUCGAUGUUUGUUUUACAUAACAAUAUUUUUGUCAUAUUGUGAUAUUAGAACUAUAAAUAUCUAUAUAGUUAUAAUUAUAAAUAUCUAUAUAGUUAUAAUUAUAAUAAUCUAUAGGUAUCUAUAGGUAUCUACACGAUGUUGCGAUCGUUAAAACAAUUUUACACAUUUGCACAGUGAAUGUAUGGUAAAUUCGUAAUAUUCCUGUUAUUUUUUUCUAAAAUAUUAAACCAAAACAUGAUUUACGAACAGAAUGAUAUUGAGGUACGCUAUAAUACAUUUUAUUAGGUUAUUCAAAAAAUAUAAGUUCAUUAGCAGUUAUUUUACGUUAAACCAAAAACGGAUAAAUAUUGCCGUGUAUUAUAAUAAUAUAUAGUAGCCGUUGCGCGUCGUGGCGAACGAAUCCGUGUCGUUCUCGGGCAAUAUUAAAAUUCACCAUAACCAGCGAACGGAUGGUCGCAAACGAAUUUCAGUUGUAUCACUAUGCUAGUCAAACUGUAUACUAUUUAUUAUGGUAACAAAAUAAUUAUUGGUUUUUUUGAGUUGGUUUGUCCUUUUAAUGAGUUUCCACCAUUAACUAUUAACUACCACACAUUACAAUUUGUUUCCGAAACGGUGACUCCCGAUGUAGUCGUUCAGCUGUCAUGAUCAUAUUACAUUAUACAAAUUAAUAUAAUAGUUCAGUAUUACAAUUUGUAAUACUGCGUAGGUUUAAUUUUCAAACGGCAACCUACAGUGAAAAUUGAAGAAAUAAAUAGAAUAUUAGUUUAAAUAAAUAUUGAUACAGGCAUUUUUGAUUUUCGUCAACCCAUUGAAAAAAUAUUCUAAGUUAUGAUUGGAGAAGACUAGUGAACCAUCAUUUGGUUGGUACUGGGAGCACUACACUACUUUUUGCCUAACCCGAUGAUUCCCAAACUUUUAAAUUUUACUAGCUACUUGAAAAAAAUUUGAUGAACGUUGGUUGAUGUUUGUUUCAACUUUCGUUAGAAACAUUCUAAAGUCCUCACAAUAAGUUACUUGUAACCGUUGUCUUUUUUUUUUAUGAGUAGAUUGAUUAAUACUCUAACCUACAUUCAACCAAGUAAGAUUAUGAAAAUGCUAUCAAAAACAUUUGUUCAAUAGCCCAAAAACCAGGAUAAAAUAUAUGUAUAGAUAUUUGCUUUUGUAGCCAGAACGCUUGACAUCCUUUCUUGAACUUUAAUUUGAAUUCCUCAUUUAUAGUUACUUCUAUCAAUUUAUCUACUAAUUUUGAAGAUUCUAUAGUUUCUGUAUUUAAAAAUGGAUCGAAAACUCAUUAGGGUUAAGAAUACCCUCAAAUCGUCUGUUGAACAAUAAAUUGUAAUACAUAAUGUUGUUAAAAAAAAUUGAAACAAUCACCAUCCCAUUUUCAAUCCAAUAUCCCCAAUUAAACUAUCAACUUCCAUUGACCCCCUGGAUAGCUCUAGGGUCCACUUUGGGAAACUCUUUCCUUGCCAACUAUAAAAAUGAAAUAUCUCAUCAACAGGUUGACGGAUGCCAAACAUGUCAACACCAAAACUUAUUUAAACUAAUAUUCCAUAUAUUCGUAUAAUUUUAACUAAAAGUUGCCAUUUGGAAAUCAAAAUCUUUUUAGUCGUUUCAUCCCCAUAAAAAAGGGUAACAAAAAAUAAUGGAAAUGUAACAUUGUGGAGUGGCUUGUCUUUUAAAUUGUUAACACUUAUUUUUUUUAAAAGUCAGUACUUUCUGAAGUAUUAAAUGUUCAACGGCAAAAAAUAUCACUUUGUAUUUUAUAAUUUAAUAUAGAUACUGUGAUAAAUAAUAUUGAAGUAUAAUAAUAACCUAAUUCAUAAUAUAAUUUAUAGGCUAUGGAAGAAAAUAAAACAAGUACGGAAGAUUCUUUAGAAAGUAUGUAAAUAAUAUAAAUAAUUAAAUCUUAAUAGAGCGUUACUAUUAAUGAAGUUGUUAUAAAUACAUAAUUUUAGGCUUUCAACAAGAAGUUGACAUAUUAAUGCCUUCUACUCAAUGUCCAAUACAUCAUGUAACUUCUGAAAUGUCACUGUUAUCGACACAGAAUCAAUAUAUUGAACCGGAUGAUCUUGAUGGAUCAAUGAGAAUUAAAGCGACUGGGAGUGAAUUAAAUUUUAAACAAACAGUAUACAAAGAGGAGGUCAAAGGUAAUAAUACAAUGAAUAAAAUUAUCUAAAGUUUUUAGUAGGUUCAAAUAUUUAAUAUUCAUAAAUAGGUAAUUUGAUCAUAAUAUUUUAGAUUCUGGGUGGAACUAAGAAGCUUAUAGUUUUACAAAGAUUAUUUUUAAUUUUUAUAUUAAUUUUUUUUUUUAUCUGUGCACAACUUUUACCAACAAUUUUGCUCCAACUUAAAAUGAUAGCAAUGAUUUUAAAAGACAAUUUCACUAGAGAAGUACUUAAGAGAGGUCAUUUUUGAGUUUUCUAGAAGUUUUCCAGCAAAUGUGAAAAGCCGGGAUAAACCAUUGGAAAAUCGGGUAAAAUGUAGGAAAAUAUGGAAAUCAGUACAAUAUUAAAGAAAAUAUAUAAUGCCUAUUUAAUUAUUUUACCAUAAUAUGACACAUAUAUUGUUGUGACCUAUUCUCAUGAUCAAUCAUGUGGGUUUUGAAUUUCUAUUGUUUAAUUGCAACCGUUAUUUAAUCGGUUUGUGAAAUAGGUCAAUAGUGCUCAAUCGGGUUCCAGCUCUUCAGUUCAUCAUUGAUCAUGAGUAUUUUAUCAACGUUUAGUAAUAUUGAAAAUUCUAUUAAAUUAAUUUUUUUAUUGAUAAAGGCUUCAACAGCUAAGUCAAUAACCUGUGGUUGCGAUUACAAUAUUAUUAAUAGAUAAUUUAGUUAUACACUGAGAUAACAUGAUUAUGAAAUAAGUAGUUAUAUACAAUUUUAUAUUUAUCUUAAUAUUAAAUUUUUAUAUUAAUGCUUAUGGAUUUGACGAAGCUAUGGAUCAAGUGUCUUGUGUACUCCUAGUGCUUUAUCCAUCGAUGAAGGUUGGUUGAAGAUCUUUCUUGCAUUGGAAAAUAGUGAGCAAUCUAAGUCUAAGUGUUUGAUAGGUGUAGUUUGUUUGAGAUUGGUAUUUCAUUCCAGGAUGUUUGCCACAAUUUGAUAGUGUGUGUAUUUGUACUUCUUUUUAUAUCAUGGUAUGGAAGAGUAGUGAUGGUUGAAGAUGAGAUCGAGGUGAUUAGCUUCAUUGGCAAGUAUAUCCACCUUUUCGUUUCCUGGGAUGCCCGUAUGUGAAGGAACCCACAUGAAUUCGAUUAAGUUGUACAUAGAGGUGAUGGUGUGAAUUUGGUAAAUUUUCUUGUUAAAGAGGUUCAGUGCUUCGAUAGCUAAAAUGGCGAUUAGGGAGUCACUGAUUAUUAGAAUUUUGUUUGUGGGUAUAGACUUUCCGAAUAUUAGUGCUUCUUUAAUAGCUUGGGCUUCCGCUCUGAAGAUACUGACUUCAGAGGGAAGUUUGAAGAGUUUUGAAGUAAGGCUUGUACAGUAAGCAAAUUCUACUCCGACACUGGUUUCGAAGCGUCAGUGUAGAUGUGAAUAAAAUCCUGAAAUUCAGUAUGUAAAAUGUCAUUGAAGUUUGCUGUGAUAAUUGUACGGAAGUGUUGUUCUUCUUAAAAUGAAGAAACUACGUGUUGAUUUUAAGGGACUAUUGCCAGACGAGAGUUGUUGUAAAAAGAGAAAGGAAUCGGUGUUGAUAAGGCAGUUUGAAUUGUUGCAUAGUUUAAUGUAUGUAUCCAUGAAUUUUUCUAGUUUCAUUGAUGUUCUGGGGUUGGGGAGAGGAUGAAUAUUUAUGAUUUCAUGUGAUGUUUGAGAUUUUUUCUUUUUGCCGUGUAUUUUAAGAUUUCUUUAAUUCUUCGGAUCUGAAGAGGUAGCUCGCCUGCGAUAUAGAAAAUGCUAGAGACUGAGCUAACACGGAAAGCUCCUAUGGAGAUUAUAAUUCCUUCAUUAUGGAUAAGUUCAAUGAUGUGCAGGAUGUUAGAGUUCGUUAAGUAGUAAAUUAUUGAACCAUAGUCGAUUUUGGAUAGGAUAAGCGAUUUGUAUAUGGUGAUAAGACUAUUUUUAUUCGGACCCCGUGUAAGAUGAGACAGCGUUUUAAUGACUUUCAUUCUAUUCUUGCGUUCAGUUUUGAGUUUUUCGAGGUGAGGCACCCAUGUAAAUUUGCUGUCAAAGGUCAUCCCGAGUAUGCGGAUGAUUCUAGUGUAUUCAAUUUCGGAGUCGUAUAGGUAUACAUGGUGUGGUGAGGUGUGUCAUUUUUUUUUUGUUAUUGAAGAAUAUGCCAUGGAUUUAGGCCGGUUAGGGUUUACACGAUUCCUGCAAUAGCUGGUAAAGUUUUUUAGUGCGCGGAUUGUCUCAUUUUCAUAUUAGUUUCUUGGAGACAAAGUACGCUGGGUUGUAGGUUGAAAAUAAUUCGUUGUAAAUUAAUAGUUCGUUUAUUGAAGCCAUUUAGGUCUAAUUAUAUUUUUAUAUAUUUGUAUUUAUGGUUAUUUUAUUAUUAUUCCAAUUGUAGAACCUCAACAAACAGACAAUGGUUUAAUAAAAGGAAGAAACGAUGUAAAAUCUGUAGUUUUUGAAACGCGAUCAUCAAUAACUGAUAAUAAAAUGAUAAAAUCAGGCGAUUCAUCUUUUUCAAAUGAAUCAUGUAAUUGUGUUUCAUGCGUGUCUAGUGUAUCAUGUAAAUGUAGUUCACGUGCUUUGGCUGAAUCAUAUAAAUGUAGUUCACGCGUUUCGACUAAAUCACGCAAAUCUAAGACACCCACAUCGAUGCGAUCACAAAAAUCGACUCAGCUAUAUUCUCCACGUGAUUAUGACUAAUUUCUUAUUAUUCAAAUAUAAUUAUUUAAUAUUUGUACAAAAGAAAUAAUAACGUAGCAAUUAAGUAUCAAAGUAUAUCGUACAAAGUUUUUCCUUUUUCUUUUUUUUUAAAGAGAGACAUGUUGCGUAAUCAUAAUUUUAUGUUGAUUACUUUUUUUUAUUUAAUAAUAUGUUAUUUGAAGUAUGUAUCAUAUGACAAAUUAACAGUUAGGUACUAAUAUGAUACCGUAGUAUGCAACACUAUAACAAUGAAUACCUGUAUUAUUUAAUUUUAUAUUUAUGGUAAACUUAAUAUUAAUCCAAUUAUAGAACACCAAAAAAAAGUUAAUGGUUUAAUAAAAAGAAGAAACGAUGUAAAAUCUGAUGUUUUGGAAGCACGGUCACCAACAACCGUUAAUAAAAAUAUAGAAUCAUGUGAUUUAUCCCGUUCUAUUAAAUCAAGUAAUUGUAAUUCAUGCGUUUCUAUUGAUUCAUGUGAAUCUAGUUCACGGGUUUUAGUGGAAUCACGUAAAUAUAAUUCUUGUGUUUCAUCUGAGUCGUGCAAAUCUACGACACCCAGACCUAUUAAAUCAGAAGAAUCUACUCACCNUAACAUAGCGAUUAAGUAUCAAAGUACAUCAUACUAGGUUGUUUCUUUUAUUUUUGAAGGAGAGACAUGUCGCGUAAUCAUAGCUUUAUGUUGGUUACUUUUUAUUUUUAUAUAAUACUAUGUUAUGUUAAUUAAGCAUCAUAUACAAAAAUUAACAGUUAGGUGUUAAUAUUAUACCGUAGGAUGUAACACUAUUAUAAUAAAAAUCCUGUAUUAUUUAAUUUUAUAUUUAUGGUAAACUUAAUAUUAAUCCAAUUAUAGAACACCAAAAAAAAGUUAAUGGUUUAAUAAAAAGAAGAAACGAUGUAAAAUCUGAUGUUUUGGAAGCACGAUCACCAACAACCGUUAAUAAAAAGAUAAAGUCAUGCGAUUCAUCCUUCGUUAAUGAAUCAUGUAAUUGUAAUUCACGCGUUUCUAUUGAAUCAUCUAAAUGUAGUUCACGCGUUUUGGUGGAAUCACGUAAUUAUAAUUCAAGUGUUUCAUCUGAGUCGUGCAAAUCUACGACACCUAGACCUAUUAAAUCAGAAGAAUCUACUCACCGAUGUUCUCCAAGUGAUUAUAAUUAAUUUAUUAUCAUUUAAAUAUAAUUAUAUCACACUUGUACAAAAGAAAUAUUAACAUAGCGAUUAGGUAUCGAAGUACAUCAUACUAGGUUGUUUCUUUUAUUUUUGAAGGAGAAACAUGUCGCGUAAUCAUAAUUUUAUGUUGGUUACUUUUUAUUUUUAUAUAAUAAUAUGUUAUUUUAAAUAGGCAUCAUAUACAAAAAUUAACAGUUAGGUGUUAAUAUUAUACCGUAGGAUGUAACACUAUUAUAAUAAAAUCCUGUAUUAUUUAAUUUUAUAUUUAUGGUAAACUUAAUAUUAAUCCAAUUAUAGAACACCAAAAAAAAGUUAAUGGUUUAAUAAAAAGAAGAAACGAUGUAAAAUCUGAUGUUUUGGAAGCACGGUCACCAACAACCGUUAAUAAAAAUAUAGAAUCAUGUGAUUUAUCCCGUUCUAUUAAAUCAAGUAAUUGUAAUUCAUGCGUUUCUAUUGAUUCAUGUGAAUCUAGUUCACGGGUUUUAGUGGAAUCACGUAAAUAUAAUUCUUGUGUUUCAUCUGAGUCGUGCAAAUCUACGACACCCAGACCUAUUAAAUCAGAAGAAUCUACUCACCGAUGUUCUCCAAGUGAUUAUAAUUAAUUUAUUAUCAUUUAAAUAUAAUUAUAUCACACUUGUACAAAAGAAAUAUUAACAUAGCGAUUAAGUAUCAAAGUACAUCAUACUAGGUUGUUUCUUUUAUUUUUGAAGGAGAGACAUGUCGCGUAAUCAUAAUUUUAUGUUGGUUACAUUUUAUUUUUAUAUAAUAAUAUGUUAUUUUAAAUAGGCAUCAUAUACAAAAAUUAACAGUUAGGUGUUAAUAUUAUACCGUAGGAUGUAACACUAUUAUAAUAAAAUCCUGUAUUAUUUAGUUUUAUAUUUAUGGUAAACUUAAUAUUAAUCCAAUUAUAGAACACCAAAAAAAAGUUAAUGGUUUAAUAAAAGGAAGAAACGUUGUAAAAUCUGAUGUUUUGGAAGCACGGUCACCAACAACCGUUAAUAAAAAUAUAGAAUCAUGUGAUUUAUCCCGUUCUAUUAAAUCAUGUAAUUGUAAUUCAUGCGUUUCUAUUGAUUCAUGUGAAUCUAGUUCACGGGUUUUAGUGGAAUCACGUAAAUAUAAUUCUUGUGCUUCAUCUGAGUCGUGCAAAUCUACGACACCCAGACCUAUUAAAUCAGAAGAAUCUACUCACCGAUGUUCUCCAAGUGAUUAUAAUUAA